CACACAAAACUUGAGGCAAUGGCCGAAGGGCAAUGUAGGCUUUUUGCUUUCCUCAUACGUCCACCAAAUCUUAAAGAGUUCAGUUCCCUCUCUCUCAUGGCAUCCACUAAUGCUCUUCAAGCUUCAUAUUCUCUCAUAGUCAAACCCCAUAACGUAACUCACCUGCUACACGACCUCGGAGGAGCAGCAAGAGGAAUCAGGGCGAGAACUAGAAGAACAAACUGCGGCAGCCUGGGAGUGCUUGCGUCCCAAGGGCCAAGCGGACGCCAAAGGGCACCUCCGGGCGUUGAUACGAGAAUCCACUGGGAUAAUGAAGAUGAAGGGUGGAUUGGAGGUUCGUCGAAGUCACAGCAAACCGAGGAGAAGCUAGGUGCUGAAGAGCAGCAAAAGAAUCUCCUCGGUGAGAAGUUUGCUGACUUGCUCAAUGACUCCUCUGAUUCUCAUUACCAGUUCUUAGGAGUGUCAGCAGAAGCUGACUUGGAAGAGAUUAAGGCUGCGUACAGGAGGCUGUCAAAAGAGUACCAUCCAGACACAACUUCACUUCCUCUAAAAGCUGCUUCAGAAAAGUUCAUGAAGUUAAGAGAGGUUUAUAAUGUUUUAAGCAGUGAAGAGAGCCGUCGUUUUUAUGAUUGGACCCUUGCUCAAGAGGCUGCAAGCCGUAAAGCUGAGAAGUUGAGGAUAAGGCUAGAAGACCCUUACCAGCAAGACUUGAGAAACUACAAACCGAAACCCGAUAUGGUUGAUCGUCUUGGUGGGAGGAACAUGGAGCUGAGUGAUCAAGCAAUGACAGCCCUCACAUUUGAUGUUUUUGUCAUAAUCUUUGCUAUUUGUUGCAUCAUUUAUGUGCUUGUAUUUAAAGAACCAUAUUACUAGCUAGGCUGAUUAGGUUGUAUACUGAGGAGUUUGCAAUGGAGAAAAUCUGAAAAUUGUACAUAAUAUUCAUUAAAAUGAAUGCAUAAUCGUCUAAAGGUUUUGUCUGCGAAGAAAUCUUUUAUA